GAUAGGCCUCCGUCCCCGCUGGAGUUUUACCGAGAAUGGGUGAGUCCGAAUAAACCCUGUAUAAUUCAGAAUGCCAUCAGUCACUGGCCGGCUCUGAAGAAAUGGACCUCAGCGUACCUCAGGGAGGUAGUAGGUGCCAAGGUAGUGAGUGUGGCAGUGACACCAAAUGGUUAUGCAGAUGCGGUGUUUCAGGACCGUUUUGUCAUGCCGGAGGAGCGCCAAAUGCCCUUCAUGGACUUUUUGGACGUAGUGGAGAAGAAAGUGACCUCUCCCAACGUAUUCUAUGUGCAGAAGCAGUGUUCAAACCUCACCAAGGAGCUCCCCGAACUUGUCUGUGAUGUGCAGCCUGACAUACCAUGGAUGAGUGAGGCACUUGGGAAGAAGCCCGAUGCUGUGAAUUUCUGGCUUGGGGAAUCAGCUGCUGUGACAUCUUUACAUAAAGAUCAUUAUGAGAACUUGUACUGUGUGAUAUCUGGAGAGAAACAUUUUCUACUGCAUCCACCGAGUGACCGUCCCUUCAUCCCAUAUGAGCUCUAUCAGCCAGCAACCUACCAGGUAUCAGAAGAUGGCUCAUUUGAAAUUGUGGAUGAGAAGAAUGCAGAUAAGGUGCCCUGGAUCCCCCUGGACCCAUUGAACCCAAAUCUGGAACAGUAUCCAGAGUAUGCUCAGGCAAAACCUUUGCGGUGUACAGUGAAAGCUGGUGAGAUGUUAUACCUGCCUUCUCUCUGGUUCCAUCAUGUUCAGCAAUCACAUGGCUGUAUAGCAGGACCUGGUCCAUUCCCUGGACUUAUCGAUUUGUAUGGAUCUGGAGGAGGUCUUGUUGAAUACAGAGCAAGUCUUCUGGCUAGCAGAGGCUUCGUGACUCUGGCUCUUGCUUACAUGGCCUUUGAAGAUCUCCCUGCUAUGCCAGAGGUUCUUGAACUGGGCUAUUUUGAGGAAGCCGUAAACUUUUUGCGGAAGCAGCAGCAGGUGAAAGAUACUGGGAUUGGCGUUUUGGGCUUGUCCAAAGGAGCUGAUCUAGCCCUUUCCAUGGCCACAUUUCUACCUGGCAUCAAGGCAGCUGUCAGCAUAUCUGGAAGUGGUUUUAAUUCUUUCAUUCCCCUGCGGGGGGAUGGCUUCACUGUUCCUCCCCACCCAUAUGAUUUGGGGAGGAUGAAGACCAGUGACGAGUCUGGCCUAGUAGAUUUUUCAGAUGUCCUAGAUGAUCACAGGGACCCAGCGACUUGGGAUUGUCGCAUUCCAGUGGAGAGGUCCUUGGCCAAGUUCCUCUUCUUGUCAGGACUGGAUGACACAAACUGGAAAAGUGACCUCUAUUGCCGGGAUGCUGUUCAGCGCCUUCAGCAGUAUGGACGGGAAGUGGAGUUUUGCUCCUAUUCUGGAGCAGGACACCUCUUGGAGCCACCAUACUUGCCUCUGUGCCAGGCUUCGAUCCACAAAGUGCUUGGGGUGUUUGUGCAUUGGGGAGGGCAAUGGAGGGAGCAUGCCAAAGCCCAAGAAGAUGCAUGGCGCAGGAUACAGGCCUUUUUCUGGCAACACUUGAUGGACUCAGACAUCCCUAAGAGCAAGCUGUAGUGCAAGCUGUCAAAGAUACUGAGCAGGGUUGGUAUUUCAGCUCUCACUGAAUCUUGGAAACUCAUCAAAAGUUUCCUGGCUUGCCUUCCUCUAAACCCCACUGUUGCAUAGUUGUUUAUUUUCAUUCCCGAAAUAAUUUUCCAUUUUUUAGUUGAAUUUAAGUUGUCUUCUGGCCCCAGCUGUGUGGUAGAUUGUCACCAUCUGAUCUGCCUAUGUGCUGUAGUCAUCUGAGAAAAACCCAGCAUCCCGUCAUGCGGAUUGCAUUUGUUCUGAGCUAUCUUUGCCCUCAAUCUCCAACCAUCUCCUUUGGUAGCAGGAAAUACACUCAUAGGAGGAGUUUUCUAUUGAAUUGUUUAGUCUUGCACCUUUAACUAACCUAGAUAUAAACAAUGCUUUCUUGGGACAACACAUUAGUACACUCACCUUUCCUCUUGGUAUAUAAUUUUGUCACAUUUCUUAGUAAAAAGGUUGUGGCAGUUCUGAUCUCAACUAAGUAAAGAGGCACUCUUCCGACUUAUUCUGAAGUGCAGCGAUAACUUUUUUUUCUGGUACCUCAAAAAACAGAAGUGAAUCUUACCUGGGUUACACUGGUUUUGUAUUUCUGCUGACUUCAGAAAAGUUAUGUAUCAGG